AGGUAUGUGAGGAUAAAACAGCUCGAUUUCUGAUUGUUUUCCUCUUCAGUUCAGUGAAAAGCAAAAGCAAUAGAGUGCAGAAGUAGCACUUGUGUCUCAAAGCAAGGAAGAGCUUGCAAGACAAAACAAGGACAAAGACUGAUACACCUCUAAGGUAAAAAUCAAAGAAAAGAAUUGAAGAUCAUAUUCUUCAUCUUUCAAGCACUAUGUCUCGCCCUGCACACAGAAGACCAGAAUACCGUAAAAUAAACAAAGAUCUUUUUGUCCUCACCUAUGGAGCUCUUGUUGCUCAGUUGUGUAAGGAUUAUGAAAAAGAUGAAGAUGUGAAUAAAUAUUUAGACAAAAUGGGAUAUGGCAUUGGAACACGGCUGGUGGAAGACUUUUUAGCUCGAUCUUGCGUGAGAAGAUGCCAUAGUUACUCAGAAAUUACAGACAUAAUUGCCCAGGUUGCUUUCAAGAUGUACUUGGGAGUUACACCAAGUGUGACCUGUAACAAUUCAAGCAGAAAUGAAUUUUCCCUGAUUCUAGACAAGAAUCCUCUGGUGGAGUUUGUGGAGGAGCUCCCUGCUGGGCGAUCUUCUCUGUGCUACUGCAAUUUACUUUGUGGCAUUAUCAGAGGUGCCCUGGAAAUGGUUCAUUUGGCUGCUGAUGUUACAUUUUUGCAAGACAGACUAAAAGGUGACCGCGUGACAGAAAUAGGAAUAACAUUUCUGAAAAAGCUAGAUGAGAGAAAAUAUAGACGGAAAAAAUGAAGAAUAACAUGCAAAAUGCCACAGGGUGGCUAGUUAGGGAGUUAAUAUUAGUGAAACACAUAUAGCUAAAGAAAUUUUAAAUUGUUUAAUAGCAUGGACUUUAAAAGGCUUAUAAGUCAGGUAGAAAUGUGAAAUGCAGGGCAGUAGGAUUUAAAGCUAUUAUUUUUCUUUGCUCGUAAAUCACACAUUUUUUAUCUCAUGCCCACAGGACUUCAUAUAUAAAUAACUCCUUAUAAGUAUAGCAAACAUGAAUUCCACAUAUUACAUAACAAUUUUAAAAAUAGCGUUUAAUUUUAAUUCAUUUAAUUUUCAGGUAGCUGGUUUUAACCAAAUCCUUCUCUCAUGAUAUACUGCUGAUGAUCAAGUGGAAAUCUCUAAAACAAAUAGUAAAUAAUGAUUUUUGAGAGUACUUUCUUAAUGCCAAACUUAGGCAUUUAGAAUUUUUGCUAUCAUUUUUAUCCCCUAAAAAUCUUACAAAAUUAAUUUUGUUUGUGACUAGAACAUAUUUAAAAUUCAAAAUGUAUUGGAUUGAAUAAAACACAGUAAUCUUUACCAGAUCAUUGGCACACAGGGGCAGCCAGAAGUCCAGAAUCUACUGGGCUCUACAGAGAACUCAAAUUACAAGUUAAAGUUACAGCUAGUCUGGCACAUCAGUUAAAACUGGCAUAAGCGGUAUGGUAGCAGUAGAGCUCAGCUGGGAUUCAGGAGCCUGAAGACACAGUCCCUGUUCUACUUCCAGCAGCUUCAGCUGAUCCUGACUAUUGUCUGAGCUUGGGCAAGGCACAGAAACUCUCAACAUUCUCUCUCUCUCUCUCUCUCUCUCUCUCUCUCUCUCUCUCUCUCCUCUCUCUCUCUUUCUCUCACAUCUGUAAAACGACAAGAUUGGACAUGAUAAAUAUGGAACAUUAUAGCCAUGAGUUUAAAUGACAUCAAUAACCACUGAAAUCUUACAUUUUUGGACUUUAGAAGACUAUGGGAAAUUAGUUUAUUCCCCACCUACCCAGCUGUCUCUUCAACAGGACAUUGAAGUAGGUAUUAAGGACCAAAUACAGUGACAGGGGCAGCUGCAGCAUCUGUGAAAGAACUUCAAGCCAGUUCCACAGAAGACCAGGAGUAAAAUCGGGAAGAAGAAUAUUAUCUGAUACCAGAAGGGAUAUCACAAUGCCAUGCAUUUUAAACUUAUGCCUCUGGAAGAAUGUCUACAAUGUAUCCCAAAGCUUCUUUUCAAGAUGUUUCCCUCUUCUUCUCAAUUUCCUGCUCCUUUACAGUACACUCACCCCUACAGGAACCCAAGAUAUUAAUGUCUAAAGGCCUCCCUCUUAAAUCAGCACCUGAUUGGCCCUCUUGAAAAUGUCCCUGGAGUAUUUCCUGCCUGGUAAUGCCUUCUUGUCCUCUCUCCCCCAAGCCAGCCAUCUCAACUCCCUUGGCUCAGUGUCUUCAUUACCCACCCCUGAGGCAUCUGCAACUAUUACUCUUAAUGAUACUGAGUUUUAGAACUGAUGAUUGCUUUAGUAUGAGCUUUUUUCCUCCACCCAUUUUUCACUCACCUUAAAGAGGGAGGCUACUCUCUGGGCAUUGAAUUUAUACAAUGAAAGGUGAUCUGUAUAACCAAGAGGCUUGUUUGUAGAGCAGUCCCCCCUUACCUGUGAGGGUAUGUUCCCAGAGACUCAGUGGAUGCCUGAAACCACAGACAGUAUUGAACUGUAUAUAUACCGUGUUUUUCCCUAUAUACCUAUGACAAAGUUUGAUUUAUAAAAUAGGCAGAGUAGGAGAUUAACAAUAACAAAAUAGAACAAUUAUAACAAU